CAUGUAACGUUACACACUCUCUCCAUCUCAGCUCCACAGAUUUCUAUAUCUUUCACACAAAGCUUCUUUCUCUCUCUCUCUUAUCUCUCUCUCUCUUAUCUCUCUAACUCACCCGCCGCCUUCACCUCCGUUCAUGGCGUCUUUACCGUCGGGUCUCGCCAACGGUGCUUCCAACGGUUUUCAUUUUACUUCUGGUGACAUCCUUUGUUCCUACGAGGACAACAAUACCAACGACUGCUCUUCUAACGGCAUUUACAUCGAUCCCGCCAAGGAUUUUCAUGCAUCAAGGAUGGCAAAAACAUCCAUAGUUCCUGCUACUGCCUAUAGUUCGUCUGAAGAUUCUUUGAGCCAGGAUGUGAUUGCCUCUGUUGAGAAGACUAUGAGAACAUGUACCGAUAACCUUCUGCGGUUUCUUGAGGGAAUCAGUUCAAGGCUGUCAAACUUGGAAUUAUAUUGUUACAAUCUUGACAAAUCAAUUGGAGCAAUGCGAUCUGAUUUAAAUAGUGAUCGUGAAGAGGCAGAUUCAAAACUCAAAUCUCUUGAUAAACACCUUCAGGAAGUACACAGGUCUGUGCAAAUUUUGAGAGACAAGCAAGAGCUGGCUGAGACUCAGAAAGAAUUAGCCAAGCUUCAGCUUAUUCGUAAAGAAUCAUCUUCCUCAAGUCAUACACAGUCUAAUGAGGAGAGAUCUUCACCUUCUUCCAUUGAUCCAAGAAGAAUUGAUAAUGCAUCUGACACACAGAACCUAGAGUUAGCUCUUGUCUUACCUCAUCAAGUUGCCCUCCGGCAACAGCCCGUGUCAUCUUCCCAUCAAGUGCCAGCUCCAAAUGUCGGCCAAGCCACUCAACAACCUCAUCAUUACCUGAUGCCGCCUACCCCUUCCAAUCCACAUGCUUGGAAUCAAUAUUUGCCGUCUGAUUCACACUAUCGAAUUCCACCAUCAACAUCAUCGUCUCUGGUAACACAAUCCCCACCCAGUCAACAAUUAUCUCAGUAUCAGCAGCUACAGCACCAAGAAUUGCAAUGGCCUCAACAGCUACCACAGCAGGUGGAUGUGCUAACUCCACAUCCACCCUCAAUCCAGUCUCAAGUAAGACCCCCUUUAACCAAUGUUUAUACUCCUUAUUCUACAAGCCAAGCUACAAAUCAUCUUCCGCCACGGAACAGCAUGCCGAUGCAACUCUCUUAUUCAGGGAUUCCAAUUCAAGUACCCAGCCAUGGUGAUGUUCAACCACAUGGAUACAGUGGAGCUGGUGGAACAGUUCCCCCCCAACAACCUAUGCUCCAGCACAUGAAGGGCUCUUUUUCAGCACAGCCAGGGGAUGUGUAUGGAACUAGCGGGAUCUACACCACUCAUCCUCCUGCUAGUUCCUUCACGGUGUAUGAUAGUGAGAAUGCAAGAUCACAUUAUCCGUCACAACCUUCUCAUACUGCUCAAGGUGGAUAUCCUCCAACUAGUGCUUCCCUUCACAACGCUGCACCACAGAAUUUUAUGGUUGAGAGCUCUAGCCAGUCACAAUUUCUUCGAAUCAAUCCCAACAAUGAUCACGUGAUAAGCACGAUCCAGAGGGGAUGGUUAGGGUGAAGUACCUCUACUGCAUAUACCGUUUGAACAAUGGUGUGCACCAAAUUUGGUUUGAACAAUGUAAUCCACCAGGUCCUGUGCGAACAAUAUGGUCAAGGACCGGGAUGCUCUGUUCAGACUCUCAAAACAUUGCGUGUUUUAUUAUGCAUGUUAUACUAAACUUUGAUGUAAUGUGCACGGUAUAUAUAACGUGUUUUAGAAAUCAGGAUUAUUAUACUAGAUUUAAUGUUGAUUCCGUUAAUGGAAUUAUACGAAUCCAUUUGUUCAUAAAGAAGUCAAAUUGUUCGAAA